AUGUCAUUCACAAGAUUGUCUAAGCGAUUUCAACCAAUUGCAAGAAACGCUCUUGCAAGACAAACAGUAUCAUUUGCAUUAUCUCAAUCAUUUCGUCACUUUACAGUCCCGACUAUAUUUAAUGUCACUAAACCUGCUGUAUACAAGUCCAUCAAAACAAAUUUAAGAUCCUACAGUGUUUUGACAGAAUCCCCUGAAGCCAAAUUAUACAACUACGAUGAUGUCAAAGACAUUGCUGCUAAUCCAAGUAAACAUCCUGAUUCAGUUUUGGUUGACGUUAGAGAGCCAGUUGAAUAUGAUGAUGGCCACAUUCCCGGUGCAAUCAAUGUUCCUUUCAAGAGCAGUCCAGGUGCCUUAGACUUGUCAGAGGAUGAUUUCCUUGACAACUUUGGAUUUGAGAAGCCCGACAAAAAUAAGGAGUUGGUAUUCUAUUGUCUUGGAGGUGUUAGAUCCACCGCAGCUGAAGAGUUGGCUAAUACAUUUGGAUACAAGAAGAGAGGAAACUAUGUUGGUAGUUAUGAAGAUUGGCUUGCCCAUGAGAACAAGAAGAAACCAGCAGAUUAA